UCUGCUAGUGGACUGUGAUGAGGAGUUCUGCAGUCUGCUGGGUUACGGACAGCCAGCUGAUCUACAGGGGUGCCAGGUUCUGAACUUACUGCCUGGCAUGGCCAUACCCACUGCCAGUACUAUCAAAAACAAGGAUGUUCGUAAGCAGAGAAUCACAGGCUGCACAAAAGACGGGAACAGUUUUCCUCUCAGUCUUCUCAUAGAUCAGGGGGACUCAAAUAAUGUGGACACCCCUGUUGCGUACAGUGGUACAGUCUGGGUGUUCACCAACAUCAGCGGGAUGAUCACACUACAGGAGGACGGGACCAUCUUCUCUGUAAACCACUACUUCGCUCUGGCUCUGUUCGGGUACCCCCAGGCUGACCUGGUCGGAAAGCCUAUCACAAACCUGAUCCCAGACUUCGAGCGUCACGUAGACCUGAUUGACACCAGCUCCAUGCCUCUCCCUCCGUUCGAUGAGAGCAGCGAAGACGAGAUGUCCAUGCCUGACAUGUCCUCUACGGCAAAAAGCGACGCUCAGAAACUGUCAGACUCGCAAAAUGACUCUGAAAACCUGAGAACAAAGCCUGAGGUAAAAAAGGCAGCACCCUUGGUCACAGAACUGUCACACGAACUCUCUAGUAAGUUAGACUCAAAUUCACAGAAGGAAGAGAGUCCGUCAAAAUGUUUAGAACAACCCCAAAGCAAGGAAGAAAGCAGUAGGUUGUCAGACAAAAAGAGGACAGAAGGUGUUGAAAAAGUGGUCACCCCAGAAUGUGUUGAAAGUAUUAAUGUAAAUAAUGCAACAAAAUUACAAAAGGUUGUAUCCGAUGGAGUUUGUAAAAAAACUAGUAUUUCUGAUACUGAGAAGCUUGAAAAGAGCCAACAGACUUGUUCAAGUGAUCAGAAGGCAGAUAACAAUUCAGCUGUGCAGAGAAUAGACAGCACAGCUGUUCCAGAGACAGCAGACAGCAGCUGUACUACACAGACAGCAGUGGACAGCAGUGCUGUCACCAAGGUCGCAGACCAGCUCAGUUCAAUAACACUAGACAGCGGUGCAGCUGUGCAGGUCACAGAUAGUACAGAGACAGCAAGAACAGAAAACAGUUCUUUGCAAAAAAGGGACAGUAACGAUAGUGAGGGAGUGGACAAUGCUAGUAAAAGCACUGAAAGCAGUGCAGAAGGCAGCAGCAUUCUUAGCAGUGCUGUUGUUCAAGUAACCAACAGUAAACCCAGUUCGCAGAUAACAGACAGCACCAAUGUCACAAAGGAGACAACCGACAACACAGAAGUUAGAACAGACAGCAACCUACCCAAUCAGGUUGAGGACUCUUCUGCUGUCACUGGUGACAGCAAACAGUCGUCAGGUAAUUGUCAAAAAAGCAGCAGCAGUCCUGGUGUGCAGACAGCCAAGAGCUCAGUGGAUCAGAUAGCAGACAGUACAGACAUUACAAGAACAGAUGAGAUGGCCCUGCAGUCGCCCGAUGGCCACCAGGAGGUGGUUUCCAUUAAGGCAGUGAGAAGCAGCACACCUAACCACCUGGGAGAUUCUUCAACACACCCCUGGAUUAGCUCAGGACUGGACAUGCAGGAAGGCAGCUAUGUGGGCUACUGCAGGCACAGGAGCGGGGCCAAGCUGGGUAUUUUGUUCCAGAUGAAGCGGGUUGUCCUGGACUCCGGGAAGGAGCGAUGGUGCAUGUGGGUCUCACGGGACCCCGGGGACGAGAUCCCCGCCCACUCUCAUUCCCAGGUCAACUUCACCCUGGGGUCGUCCCACCUGACCAGCAGCCUGGAGGCCUCCGCUGUCAGUCUGGACAACAAGGCGCUGACGUCCACAGCAGAUGCGGAGCACGAGACGGCCGCGGCAGGGCACUACGACCAGCGUUACAGAACACACCAGUGCAUCGGGAAGGGGGCCUUCGGGUUUGUGAAGGUGGCAGAGAGGAGGAAGGAUGGGGAACAGGUUGUUGUGAAGUUUAUCCGUAAGGCGAAGGUUCUGGAGGAGAGCUGGGUGGAAGACUCCAGUCUAGGGCGGGUUCCCCUGGAGAUAUCUCUGCUGGCCAAACUGGACCACCCCAACAUUGUCACGAUGUUGGAGGCGUUUGAGAACGAGGAGUUUUUCCAGGUUGUGAUGGAGAAGCACGGCGGGGGGAUGGACCUGUUCGAGUUCAUCGACCGCCGGCCUCACCUGGACGAACCGCUGGCCAGCUACAUCUUCCGCCAGCUGGCAGACGCUACAGACUACCUGCACAAGCUGGGCAUCCUGCACAGGGACAUCAAGGAUGAGAACAUCAUCCUGAAUGAGCAGUUCUGGAUCAAGCUGAUUGACUUCGGCUCGGCUGCCUACAUGGAGGAGAACAAGAUGUUUGCCACCUUCUGUGGGACCAUGGAGUACUGCUCACCUGAGGUGCUGAUGGGGAACUGGUACCGAGGUCCAGAGUUGGAGAUGUGGUCCAUCGGGAUCACCCUGUACACACUCAUCUUCGGGGAGAACCCGUUCUACGACGUAGAGGAAACCAUCCGUGCUGUGCUCAGCCCUCCGUUUGAAGUGUCUCCUGAGCUGAUAGACCUGAUCUCGUGGUUGCUGCACCCUUCCCCCACCUACCGCUGCACCAUGGACCAGUUGAUGGACCAUGACUGGCUCCACCAGCCCUGCAACCCACAGGAGUACAGCUGGCAACAUGUUCUACCAGACGAGGAGGGCCACCCAGAGGAAGGCAUGGUGCCCCUGGGGAGUGACAGCGAAUCGGAGGUGGAGGAGCUUCAGCAGCAGCUGCAGAGAUGUCUCAACGACAAGGCAGGCUUGAACAUGUCCAUCUAA